AUGGACUGUGAAUUUAAUAAUUCAAGUGAUAUUCUUUUCCCAUCAGAUACUGGUUUACCUAAACUAUCAUCGCCUCUUGAUUAUAAAGUGCCUGAGGCACACGAUUGGGCUAUUCAAGACUUUAUGCAUACAUUUCAUGACAAGGCAUCAAAUGAGCUGAACAACUUCCUCAGUUUUAAACAAUACAUUCCUGUACAAGAGCAGCAACAACAGCCAAUGUAUGAAGAAAAGCAAAUCUUAUCUCAAGUGACUCAACAUUUAGCCAUGGGACAUUCUGAAUUACAUGAUAUCCUUAAAGGAUUCUUUCAUUCUGUACAGAACUCAAUGCAAAUCAAUUCAUAUAACGAAGUCUCCCUACCUGGCUUAUCCUGGGCUGAAGAAGCAAAUGAAUACUAUGGUGGCAAUGAUAUUGGUAAUCUAGAUACCAUUCAAGAAUUAGAAAAAGGAAGAAGAUUGAAUACACCUCCUCAAUUAAAUACAAAUAUGAUGGACAUGGAUGAUCUGUUUGAUACUGAUUCAGUCGAUUCAUCAUUAUCUGAAAUGAUACUAGACAAACAUUAUAACCAAGAUAAGCCAUUGCCUCCACUUCCUCAAAAAUCAUCACCAAAGAAAUUGUUCAGUAAGAUUAAAUCCAAAACUAUCAGCAAUACAAAGAAAGUAUUUCGCAAGUUAUUCCAUGUUUCAUAA